CGACCAUCGGCAACCGACAGUCCACAGGUGACUUUGCACGGUGCAACACCGCGAGCACUUCUUCGCGUUAAUCUCACCGCCGAGUUUUUUUAACCGCUGCCGCGUCUAGUGUGCGGCGUCGAAAACGCCGAUUUGUGUGCAGUUUGUCCAACCACAGAGGAACCCGAAUGUUGCUGUUCCGCACCUCAUCAGGGCCGCCACCUACAAGACGUGAAGCAUCGGUAUGUGUUUUGAGCGUGUUGUUGUUGUUGAUAUUACGGGUUUGGCGAUAAUAAUUGAAGUAAUAAUGAUGGCCGAGACCGGGGAUUCAUUAUCAUCGAGCCCAGUCGAUGAUCUACCUCGGUUUGCUGAGCGUUUCGCGCUGCCGGUGUCGCGCGAAUUCGUUUUGCGUCUGUUUGUCGUUUUCUGUUUCUUUUUUUUGUCGACGGCCGCCAUGAGUUGUUUCUUGUGCUGUUGCCGGGGCGACAGGGCGAAGAAGGGCAAGGUCGGCUCGGCCGAUGUGGAGGAACAGGAUUUGACAACGAAGUCUUCCAUCACCCACUGCGCAAUCGAAGAAUUAAAAUCGAAGUUAAUACAUAAGGAAACAGAUUCUGAAGAAGCCAUGAUACCAGAAACGGACAAAAGGAGUGGCGAUCACAACCACUCUUCAACGCCUCACCUCAACGAAGACGGCUUGAUUAUACCCAGGAAGCCCGCAAACCCCAUCAAGGAGAAUGCCGAAAGACAAAACCUGCACAGGGAGCUAGCCUUUAACCAAAAAAUUGGGAAGAAUGUACUGAACCAAAAAUCGGAACUCCAAAGGGCGCUUGAGAAACAAAAGGAAAAUCUUGCCAAAAAACAAUUAGAAAAUAAUAUACAAACCCAGAAACCCGAAUUAGAAAAAGUUAUUGCAGAACGGGCGAAGAAAUUGGAGGAGAAAAACAACGACUCUCAAAAUGAAGAUGACAAAGUACUCAACAGCGAGUUUCUGCAGGCCCGCAUGAAGUUGAAGGCUAGGACUGAAACGAAAUGAAUAAAACCACUUCACAAAUUGUUUUAUAAUUUUCUUAAUGUGUAUUGAUUACAUAGUAUCUGUACAAAAGGUCGAGGACGGAUGAAGCUAGUAUUUUGCACAUGGUGAACGCUAAUAAUAGAAUAAAUGAGCUGAGCAAUAAAGAAGGAAUCUUUAAAAAUUCAAAAUGUGAACGACGAAUUAUUAAUUCAGAGACAUUUCAAUAUAGACUGAGUUCGCAGUCGCUGAAGGCUUUAUUCGGACUCACCCUUUAAAUUAAUUAUUGUAUUGUGAUAAGUAUUUGACUAAGUUAUACCUAGUUUUAAGUUUCUUGCAUUGUAAAAUACACUGUAUUUUUUCUA